AUGACCUGGUUCAAAUGCAGUCGGUCCGAAACUCGAGCGCUUCAAAAAAACAGAGUAACUACAAACUCUCGCGUUAAACCCGACGACAUCUCAAACAUGGAACCGACAACAAAGGUCUAUGUAAACAAGUGCGAAGAGAAUAAUGGAGGAUGCGGGGAUUCCGUUUGUGUUGAGGUGGAAUCUGAUAAUGAGGAUGCACGAGUUGAAUGUCACCCGCCAGAUAAAAAAGUUAUCGAAGUGUCUGAAACCAUCGAUUCGACAGCAAUGGUUUAUAAGAAUGAGUGCGGCGAGUUUAAUGGAGGGUGCGGGGAUUCCGUGUGUAUCGAAGUGACCCCUGAUAAUGAGGCAGAUUUAAAUACAAUUUCUGGAGUUAUAUGCAAUUUGCCAGAUGAGGAAGUUAUCGAAGUGCCUGAAAGACAGUAUGUUUUGCGUAUGUGCCAACAAAUUGGAGAACGAGAGAAAACAAACAGAUAUGUUGACCUUGGAUGCUUCAAGUAUUUAAAACUGGAGCAUAAGCAAGACCAGUUCUUGAGCAAAUCUCUUUGCUUGAACAUGUGUGCAGAACUUGGCUUCCCAUACAGUGGAACAUCUAGUAAUUCAUGCCAAUGUGGACGAAAAAUAAAAUUCAAAGACCAAGUGAACAUAGAACAAUGCACGGGUUCAUCGUCCGUGUAUGCGCUACUGACAGACGUUUCGACUGAUUUUGGUAUUUAUGACAAAUCGACAAAAUACAACUUCUGCAUGAAUGAUAACUCGGAAAGGAAGAAACCAUACUGUCGAUCUGGUGUGUGUUUGCUGGGUUGGACUGGAGCACUCUGUAAUAACAGAGAUUGCUACACAAAUAAUGGGGGCUGCAAUGCGACAAUGAAGUGCGUUCAAGAGAUCGUCAACAACGAGAUGAUUGAAAAGUGUUUCUGUGAAGAUGGUUUCAUAACUGUCAACGGCUCUUUUUGCAAAAGUUAUUCAGUCCUUUCAAGAUUUUGA